AUGCAGACCGAAAAAAGACCCCCCUUCAAAGUUCUCAUCGCCGGCGGCUCAAUCGCGGGCCUCACCCUCGCCAACGCCCUCGCCCGCGCAAAUAUUGAUUUUCUCCUACUAGAAAGCCACAGCCGUAUCGACGCUUCAAUUGGUGGUGCGUUGACAAUCGUCAGUAAUGGAUUACGAAUCCUCGAUCAAAUGGGUAUCUACGAUGAUAUCAGCAAAUACCUCGAGCCGACAGGGGAUAUAUACACAUAUUUGAAGGAUGGGCGAUUGUUAGGGAAGAUGGAUACGCCAAGAGUCAUGCAGAAACGACAUUUUUAUCCCGUCGCUUGGUUGCCGAGGGAACAACUGUUGAGGAUAUUGUAUGAACAUGUACCGGACAAGAACAAGGUGCUGGUGAAUAAGAGGAUUUUGAGUGUUGAUCAUUCAGAUGAGGGUGUUGUUGUGCGUUGUGAGGAUGGGAGUGAGUACGCCGGCAGUAUGAUUGCUGGUGCGGAUGGGAUUCAUAGUACGAUUCGGGGAGAGAUGUGGAGGUACAUGGAGGAGAGCAAGAAGUGGAAAAUCAAGGCUAAGAAAGAUAGGAAAGCUAUGACGGCUGAAUACGCUUGUAUUCUGGGAAUAUCUCGUCCGACAGAGGGUCUCAAACCGGGCGAAAUCCAUCGGACCUGGGGUAAGGGCUUCACAACCUUUGUGAACGUCGGGAAAGGAAACCAGGUCUUCUGGUUCAUCUUCACCAAGAUGGACCGCAAUUUUCAAUAUCCCGGGGUACCGAAGUUCACGAGAGAGGAACUAGAUGCGCGGGUUAAGACGUUUCUGGAUACGCAUGUCGGUGCGGGUAUCAAGUUUGAAUCGGUCUAUGAGAAUGUUACGACUAGUGCGUUUGUUCCACUCGAGGAAGGAACUUGUCAAGGCGCCAGCCUAGCCAUCGAGGACGCCGCAUCACUAGCGAACCAUAUUGUGUCUAUGGUCAACAGCACGAGUGGUAUGCCAUCGUCGGUUGAUAUCACUGAGACACUCCCGAAAUGGGCAGCGGGUUUAAGACCAAGAGCGAAAGCAAUCUGCGAUGCAGGAGCUACUUUCACAAGAUUAGAGGCGCUGGCGAACUGGCCGCUCAAGUUCGCUGCGCUGUACAUUUCGCCCCACAUCGGAGGUGUUUUCGCGGAUCUUGUCAGUGUUUGUGAUAUUGGCGCACCAAGGUUGAAUUUCCUGGCAUUGCCAGAGAGGGAGGAUGAUUCUGUGGCGACUGAGAAAGGAGCAAAAGAACGGAAGUGGAAGGGAAUUACAUGA